ACUAUAUCAGUCCUUUUCAUCUCUUUACACAGUUCAAGCGCAGUCCCCAGUCUUGCAGAGCAAGAUGUUGGUUCCCAUGGCAACAGUCGGAACAGGAUCUACACCUCCGCAGCCAAUUUCCCUGGUGGGUCCACCCCUUCCUGUUCAAAAUGGGACUCAACCAGGAAGUAAGAUCAUUCAAAUUGCACCAAUGCCUGUGGUCCAAGCAAAUGUGCAUCCUGGAGGAUCAGUGCAUACCGGCAACUCGUUUCCUGUUUCUAUGCCAACGGCGACUGUCAUGGCCCCUGGGCCCUACCCUCCUCAGACGGUGCUCUUGACGCCACCACCUACAAGGAUCACAUAUGUCCAGUCAACUCCUGGAGUUGCAGCUCCUUUGCCAUUGGGUUCAACACCUGCAGUCUCUUCCACCCACCAGACCCCAUCAUCUGCGGGUCCAUCUUUUUUGCGAUCUCCAGUGGCGACCCUUGGCUUCACUGCAAUUGCCCCAGCCAGUCAGGCCUUGGUUCAACCUAUUGUUGCAAGUCAGCCACCUCUCCUGGCUCAAUGCCCGCCCCCGAGUGGACUGGCACAACCUGCACAAGCCUCGACGGCCACCCGUCAACUUGUGACCGCCAUUUACCCCAGCGUCAGUUUAGCCGGAGGAGUUGUGUCAGUGACAGCCCUGCCACAAAGCACAGCAAGUUCCACAUCAGUUCCAGCAUCAUCCUCAUCGCCUCAAGAGAAGACCCCCUCAGCCGCAGCUGCGCAACCACACGCGCAGCUGCAGUCUCAGGUAAACAUGCACAUGGAAAACGAGAGAGGACCAGAAUCUAGGAAGGAGAUGGAGAAACAGAGAGACCUGGUGGUGUCAAAGGAUGGACAUCAAACGCCACCUAGCGGUUUGGAGGAAUCGGUGCAGCACACACAUAAAG